CAUGCAUCGGUCAUGCACAGGGACCGUGUUUUAAACAUGGGUAGGGUAUGACAAAUAAUUGUGUCAAAUAAUCUUCGAAUUUCACAUCAAGCGGACCGAAGUUAAAUACUUAUCUCAGGUCACGAGAUGAAGCUGACAUAAUUGGAACGUAAUUAAGUUACAUUAUCUAUUUAUCCAUCCAUCCAUGAUCCAUCCAACCAACCAACCCAGCAACUAAACUUGUUUUGUCAACGAUGGAAAAGUUACGGGAAUAUGCCAGUCAUUUACAGUCGAUGUCAGUUGUAGUGGGAUUUGGUGUAGCUUAUACUGCGUAUUACUUAUUCUGCGUUGCCAAGAAACCAAUGCUGGUUGGCAAAGACAGGAGGUUAAUGCAGUUUCUAUUGAAUCAUUGCCCAACACUCAGUGAGAAGUACUUUCCUACAUUUUGGUGCAUUGAAGCUAGGGCCAAUACAAUAAUGAGAUCAGUACUGAUGGAAAAACCUGCCAUGGAGCCAUAUAGAUGUGAACGUUUAGAAUUACCUGAUGGAGGGGAAGUGUUUCUGCACUGGUUAGAUAACCACAAGAGUCCAAGUUCACCAGAUACAGAUAUAAGGCCAACAGUAAUCAUUCUACCUGGAUUGACUGGAAGUGCUGAUGCCAAUUAUGUUCUUAGUUUUGUGGAUGAUAUAACCAAACUUGGAUACAGGACUGUUGUAUUCAAUAACCGAGGCAAUGGUGGAGCAACGCUUAGAACUCCAAGAACAUAUUGUGCUGCUAAUACUGAAGAUAUGCAUUGUGUUGUCAACCACAUUAAACAGAAUUAUCCUAAAGCACCAUUGAUUGGUGUUGGGGUUUCUCUUGGAGGAAUGAUACUGGUAAAUUACUUGGCUAAGACAGGACGAGACUGUGGUCUUCAAGCUGCAAUGGUGAUAUCCACAGCAUGGAAUAUAUUUAAAUCUACUGAUUCACUAGAGACACCCCUCAAUUAUUUUCUGUUCAAUCAUUUUUUAACAAGACUACUCAGAGAUGCCGUCCUCCGAAAUAUUCAUAUGUAUGAGAACCAUGUAGAACUAGAUGUGAAUCACGUUUUGCAGUCUCGAACUAUAAGAGAUUUUGAUGAGAGGUUCACAAGCAAAAUGUUUGGCUAUCAGAGCGUGAGCCACUACUAUCAAGAUGCUAGUACAUUUAAUAAAUUACAUGCCGUUAAAAUUCCAGUCUUGGUCCUGACAUCGGCAGAUGACCCAUUUUCGCCCAAAAGCUCUUUGCCAUUGGAAGAAGUGAAACAGCACCCAAAUAUGGUCUUCGCGGUCACAUCACAUGGUGGCCAUAUAGGUUUCUGUGAAGGCUGGUUGCCACGAGGCAAGAAUUACAUGGACAGAGUACUGAGUCAGUAUAUAGACGCCAUAUUUAAACAUGCAGAUAAAGAAUUGAUAUAAACAUACAUGCAGUGUAUAUUUCAAAUUAUUUCAAUUUUGAAGUUCACAUUUCAUGUUUAUUGUGUUUUUCUAUUGAGCUUUUUUGAAAUGGUUCAUUUAGUUUAUGUUUCUAAACUUGGGCAGUUACAGUAUUGUUGUAAUAGAUAUAUAAUAUUAUGUGAUUUGUAUAUAAUAAAUGUUUUUUCUAAUACUGUAAGUCAUGAUUCAUAGUUAAGGUUACUGACGAUAGUGUCCCAAACAUGGAGGUUCAAAGGGCAAAUUAUUGAAACUGUCGUAUUUUUACAAAUAGGUCUGUACACACACAUUAUUUCAUUAAAAAAAAA